GGAGCAGAGCAGACAGGAGAUGUGUCUUAUAGGUCUAAUGAGAGCACAUUGGCAUCUGACACGGAGCAGGCCCGUAUGUGGCUUCCCAAGGUUACCGAGCCGGUGCAGAGCAAAUCAGGCGACUUAUAUUUAGCCUUGCAAAUGGCGCACUAUGGAUUAUGUCUUGGGGCUCUCCGGUUUCGUCUUCAGUGCGUUUUGUUGCACGGAGUGGGGGGUUGUGGGUCAUGAAGAGGCUGCUGCUGUUCAGGUGGAGGGCUAUUCCGAGAGGCCAAAAGACACCAAAGAAGCUUCAGCUGGAGUGGCAGUUCUGGUGAGGGAGAGCUGGGAGUUGCACUGCACCAGUAAGAGAGGACUGGAAGUAUCACAGGUUAUUUCAACAGGCUACUGAGGUUUGGGAUCAAACGUUAUCAUGGAUGUACUCGCCUUAGAAGCAAAGAAUGUGAAUACAGCAGAACCUGAGAAGAAAUCUGCACCAAGGCCAAAACCAAAAACUCCCAAAAAGGCCAAAAGGACUGUUUACUUUGAGGUGGAGAUCGUGGACUUAAAGACCAAGGAGAAACUCUUACUGCUGGAUAAGGUGGAGCCAACUGCCACUAUUCUGGACAUUAAAGCUUUGUUUCACAAAUCCUAUCCAAAGUGGUAUCCAGCCAGACAAUCCCUGCGUUUGGAUCCAAAGGCCAAGUGUCUCAGGGAUGAAGACAUCCUCCAGACUCUUCCUGUGGGAACCACAGCCAGCUUCUACUUCAGCGACCUAGGACCCCAGCUCACAUGGGGAACUGUCUUCCUGGCAGAGUGUGUUGGCCCACUGAUCAUCUACCUAAUGUUCUACUUCCGCCUCCCCUUCAUCUAUUCUCCAAAAUACGACUUCACCAGCAGCAAGCAGUGGGUCGUGCACUUGGCCUGCAUGUGUCACUCCUUCCACUACAUCAAAAGGAUUUUGGAGACGCUGUUUGUCCAUCGUAUCUCCCACGGGACCAUGCCUCUCAGAAACAUAUUUAAGAACUGUGGCUAUUACUGGUGCACCGCAGCUUGGAUGGCGUACUACAUUAACCACCCUCUCUACACGCCGCCUUUUUAUGGGCAGCAGCAGGUGAACGCAGGACUUUACAUUUUCUUGUUCUGUCAGGUGGGGAAUUUUUCCAUCCAUGUUGCACUUCGUAACCUCAAAUCUCCAGGAUCAAAAACCAAGAAGAUUCCUUACCCGACGAAAAAUCCUUUCACUUGGAUUUUUUGGCUGGUCUCUUGUCCAAACUACACAUAUGAGGUGGGCUCCUGGAUUGGCUUCACGGUGAUGACCCAGUGUGUGCCUGUGGCUUUCUUCACUCUUGUGGCCUUCAUCCAGAUGACUGUGUGGGCCAAAGGCAAACACCGCGGCUACUUAAAGGAGUUCAGAGAUUAUCCAACCCUGCGCUCCUCCAUACUCCCCUUCAUCCUGUAGAGCCUGGCACAGAAAACAAAGGUCGCUGCACACAUCCAACUCCCUCGCCGACUGGGAUCCCUUCUUACGGGCCCCUGCAUCCAUUUGGAUGUAAGAAAAUGUGUGCUGAGGUCAACAGCAUGGAUACGUUUUGGUCACAUGGACUCCAUGUCACGUUUUCUUGCAUGUCACUCCAUAACAAGGAGAGGCAGUUACAGUUACUCUGAGCGGUGAGUGCAAGACUGUUACUGGCCUUCAGAGUUAAAUACAGCAAAGUCUUAACUUAAUGUUGUUUGUGAUCUUGAAGACAAAGAUGAAAAAUGUCCUUUUUAUUUUGCUACUUUGAUAAGUUGUAAAAUAUUUGAUGUAGAGAGCCAUUUAGUUGUUAAAACAUUUCAUUAUUUUCAUGGCUUAUGGCAGCCUAAUCAUUGAAGUUUCCCACAAAGCUGGGAAACAAAGGGGCUAAUCUGCAUCUCAAACUAGUACGCAGCCUGGAGCUGACAACUGUGCGGCCUCAUGCAGCUCACUACUGAUCUGACUGAUCCAAGCGACCUUUACGUGAUGGUAGUGCUAUUAGAUCCGGGCUAGAAAUAGUAUAUUCUUAUUCCCAUAUUUUCCACCAUGGGUGAGGAAAACGGUUUUCUAUUUGUCUGUACAUGGAUCAAGUGUGUUUCUGGCAUAGGGAAAAUUAGAGAAAAACACUGCUGAUAGCAUGAACACACAUCCUCUCACACACAAAGAUUAUAUUGCAAAAGGUAUUCAGCUGAAAAAAAAAAAGCAAAUAGACCAAGUUUCAGUCAUCAAACCAUUAUCAGUGUAUUAUGUAAAUUUUUGUGCAGUCUGUACUUUUUCCAUUUGGUUAUUUUUGUACUAAUCUGACAAUUUGUGCAGCUACAAAACAGUUGAAUAUCUUUUGGUGCUUCCAAAAACUGGAUACAAGACACUGGAUAUAUACAUUCAAAACAGGAAAGAUACAUUUAUUCACCAUUUCUAUUCUGUUUUCACUGAACGUGUAUGUCUGCAUCAUCUGAACCUUCAGAAUAAAUGAGGAAUUUUUGGUGUUGUACAGAAUACAAUA